UAGAGUUUGUUAACACAGAAUAAUGGAGUUUUAUAAAAGCCAAUCAAAGAUGAAGAUGAUACGACAAUAAAUUAUAUUCUUUGAGAAAAAAAAAAUAUCAAUAAAAUCAUAAAUAUCAACGGUUCAAUUGGAUAUAAUGAGAAUACAAGACUUUAUCAAGCAUUUAUUGUCAAGUAUUGAUCUUAGUGUUGCCAAUAUACUCCCCUCUAGUGAUAGGAAUCCGUUAGUUAGUUAUGUAUAUAUUUGAAAACAAUUGUCUCUAAUUUUUAGGAAUUAACCUUUGUAUUGAAAACACAUGCGCAGAAGUAAUGUAGUGAGAGAAGAAAUGGACAGGCUCGUAACGUGUUAUUGGUUGGAUACAGAUACAAUUUCUAUUUGAUAUUUUGUUUGAAGGAUAAGAAAUAAUUGAUGAGAUACGUAAAAGAUAUUAUAUUUGAAAUGACACACUGCUAUAACAUCUGUAGUAUACAACACGGAAUAAAGAUUUAAUAUAAUGGAAUAAUGGAAUAUUAAAGGGAAAAUUUCACCAGAACACAGACCUGUAAAAACUACAGUAGAUUCAAACGUUGCAUUUUAUUUCAAGGAUAAAGCAGUUGAACUAUGAUGAGUUAGUUGAUUAAAUUUAUUGGGAGUUGUUUGAUGAGUGUUAUGAGUUCAGUGGUUGAAGAUCCUGGAAUUCCUCUCGUUGGAAUGAACGGGAAUCACGUUCAUUAUAAGACAUUAAACGAGUCUACAGAUAGUGUGACUCCAAAAGUUCCAGGUCGAUUUGAAACGGUGGGUAGCCGUCUUGCGAAGAGGAAAGAAUUAUAUUAUCGUCGCAAACGCGCAAAUGAUGCUGCUCUGGGUUUUGCAAUAGCUGGGAUAUUUUUAAUGAUUAUAGAAACUGAAUUAACGCAUGCUGAAGUAUUUACAAGGAGAGAACUUCCAUCUUAUCUAAUCAAAAUGAUGGUAACUGCCUCGACAGUUGCGCUUUUGAUAUUUCUCGGAAUUUAUCAUAGACUUGAUAUCAAACUUUUCAUCGUAGAUAACAGCGUCGAUGACUGGAAAAUUGCAAUGAGUCCAAGACGAGUUGUAAAAAUCGUUGUAGAAUUCUGUACAUGUAUUAUACAUCCAAUACCUGGUGAUUUUACGAUAUGGUGGGAACGUACUGUUUCUCAAGGGGAGAUAAGUCGUACAGACGACGUACCACUAGACGUUGUUUUGUCUCUACCAAUGUUUUUACGUUUAUACUUGGUAUGUCGGACAGUGAUGUUACAUAGUCGUCUUUAUCAAGAUGCGUCAUCUCAAAGUUUAGGAGCUUUAAAUCGGAUUCAUUUUAAUUUCAGGUUUAUAUUUAAGUCUUUCAUGGCCGUACAUCCAACCUAUCUUUUGACUUUGAUCAUUGUAUGUAUGUUCUUUGUAGCUAGUUGGUGUUUACGUUUAUGUGAGAUGUAUGAUAGUUCUCCCGAUGAAGCAGUUCACGCGAACUACCUAAAUUCGAUGUGGCUAGUAGCUAUAACAUUCCUGUCUGUUGGAUACGGGGAUAUUGUCCCAAGCACCUACUGCGGAAGAGGAAUAGCAGUAACUACAGGAAUAUUCGGAGCUGGAGUUACCGCACUUGUUGUGGCGGUUCUUGCAAGAAAACUUGAACUGUCAAGGUCCGAAAAAUAUGUACAUGAUUUUGUUAUUGAUGUCGAUUUGGAUAAACGUCUAAAAAACGAAGCAGCGAAUGUAAUGAGGUCUGGAUGGUUCAUUUAUAAAUAUAGACGAAUCAAACAAAACUCAUCCAAUAGUUUAAAUUACCAAAGAAAGUUACUAGAGGCGAUAUACAACAUUCGGGAAAUAAAAGCCGCACAAAGACGAUUAGUCGAUUCUUCUACGACACUAGUGGAACUUUAUAAAUCUCACUCCGAAAUGGCAAGGUCAGUCGAAAAUGUAAAAGUAAGACAAGGAAUUUUAGACGACAAAAUGGACAACUUAGAAUCAAAGAUACUUUCCAUUCAUGAAAAACUAAAUGCUAUCCAUACAGCCGUAACCCAGAAACAAAAAUAACAUAAUGAAUAAAUACACUGAUAAACACCGCUUACAAUUUGGCAGGGAAUUUUAAUGCUUACAAAAUUGUUAGAAGUUACAAAAAUAAACAGUCUGAGUUAACAUAUUCAAUAAAUCAUUUUACGGUU